UAUUAAUGUAGAGAGAGAGAGAGAGUUUAUUGUCAAAAUUUCUUCAAUGGAGAACUCAAUAUGGGCAGUGCUGUCGCCAUACGUACCAUAUUUAGUUGCCUUCUUAGCGCUGGUUCUUCUUCUUGAACAGAUCUCUUACCUGAAAAAAAAGAGGUUUCUUCCCGGCCCGGCGUUCGUGUUUCCGUUCAUCGGAAAUGUGGUCACUUUAGUCACUAAUCCGACAAAAUUCUGGGAUGAUCAGUCCGCCCUGGCGAAGACCACUGGCGCUGGCAUUUCCGUCAACUACAUCAUCGGCCGGUUUAUUCUCUACAUCCAUUCCUCCGACCUCUCCCACAAGGUCUUCUCCAAUGUCCGCCCAGACGCCUUCCACCUCAUCGGCCACCCCUUCGGGAAGAAGCUCUUCGGCGAGCAUAACCUCAUAUAUAUGUUCGGGCAGGAGCAUAAGGACCUUCGCCGGAGAAUCGCCCCCAACUUCACCCCCAAAGCGCUGGCCACCUACACGGAAAUCCAACAGCGGAUUAUUAUCAAACACCUGGCGUGCUGGCUGCGGAGGUCUUCGGAUUCGCCGUCGGAGCCGAUCCCGCUCCGCAUUCUCUGCCGUGACAUGAACUUGGAAACCUCCCAGACCGUGUUUGCCGGGCCGUAUUUGAGCGGCGAGGCCCGCCGGAGAUUCAAUGUGGAUUAUACUUACUUCAAUGUCGGGUUGAUGAAGCUCCCGAUUGACCUCCCCGGUUUCGCUUUCAGAAACGCCCGGAGAGCGGUGGAUAGGCUGGUGGAGACGCUUUCGCUCUGUGCGGAACAGAGCCAGAAGACGAUGGAGACCGGAGAAGAACCCACUUGCCUCAUUGAUUUCUGGAUGCAAGAAGCGAUUAGGGAAAUGAACGAAGCGAAACAGAACGGCGGCGCCGCCGCCGGUGGUUUUGUUUAUAACCCCAAAGAAAUCGGCGGGCAUUUAUUCGAUUUCCUGUUCGCGGCGCAGGACGCUUCUACUUCCUCUCUGUUGUGGGCGGUGACGCUCUUGGAGUCUCACCCAGGAGUUCUGGAGAGGGUGAGAACGGAGGUGAAGAAGUUCUGGUCGCCGGAAUCGGAGCAGCCCAUCGCCGCCGAGCACCUCAGGGAAAUGAAGUACGUGGAGGCGGUGGCGCGUGAGGUUCUGCGGUUCAGAGCUCCGGCGACGCUGGUGCCUCACAUUGCCGGGGUGGAUUUCCCGUUGACGGAGAAUUACGUUGUGCCCAAAGGCACCAUCGUUUUCCCGUCGGUUCUUGACUCGUCGUUUCAGGGGUUCCCUGAACCGGAGAAGUUCGACCCGGAGCGGUUCAUGGAAGAACGGCAAGAGGACCGGGUUUACAAGAAAAACUUUCUAGCCUUUGGGGCUGGGCCCCACCAGUGCGUCGGCCAGAGAUACGCCAUUAACCACCUGAUGCUCUUCAUCGCCGUUUUCACGGCCCUGAUUGAUUUCAGGCGCCACCGAACCGACGGCUGUGAUGACAUCGCCUAUGUCCCGACCAUCGCUCCCAAGGAUGAUUGCAAGGUUUUUCUUUCCCAGAGGUGCAUCAAAUUCCCAUCUCUGAAUUGACGAUAUUGCCCUUCAAAAAAUUCAAUUCUUCAUUCCCCGACCCGACCCGCUUCGUCACCAAAUCAUAAAUGUCAUGUUUAUUUAUUUUAUUUUAUUUUAUUUUAUUUGUUAGUUUUCAUCGUUUGACUUUUAUUUUUUAUUUAUUUUUUAUGUUUAAUUUACGAGUGUGAAUACAUGUGUCUAUCCAAUUGUGAAGAUUCUUUUAAGUAGGUUGAAUGGGGGUGACAAAUAUUUGGAUAACGUGUGACGAACCAAUGUAAAGAACAUUGAUGUUAUUGGAAUUGUCUCUUUCUCUUUCU